GGUAACAAGGCUCGUGUGGAGGGUUCUAUUUGUAAUGCGUACUUGUGCGAAGAGAUAGCAAACUUCUGUUCCAACUAUUUUCAGCAAGGAGUGGAUACUAAGACACGAGAUUUAGGUCGUAAUGUCACUGAUGAAGUUGAUAGGAUGCUCGAUGAAAAUGUCCCAGAACUAUUUAGAGUUGAUUGUGGUCGGCCGUCAAAUGCAGGUGGAAAACGAUAUUUAACUGAAGCAGAACUUCAGCGUGCACACCUAUAUGUGUUAGCAAAUACAGGCAUCUUACAAGAAUUUGAAAAGGGUUUCGAGGACCACAUUCUUCAAAUUCGACCUACUCUACGUGCAGAAGAUGUGUGGGUGCAACAUGAAGCAGAAUACCUUGAUUGGUUUAGAUCGAAAGUUAUUCAAGACAAACCAAAUGAUGAUGUACUGUUUGCUUUAGCAAUGGGUCCUUCGACAUUAGUUCGCACUUGGAAUGGAUACUAUGUUAAUGGAUACAAUUUCCAAACACAAGGAUCAAGCAAACACAAGUCCACCAUGAAUUAUGGAGUGUGUGUGUCUAAUGACGGAGGAUGCAAUUGGAUGGACAAUGUCAGGGGAAUGAACAUCGAUCAAUACAAGCUAGUUGAAGUCAACCAUACCAAGAAAUACCCAAGUUUGAUCCCUUUGUGCUAUCAUACCAGGAACAAGUGUUGGACUCCAACUCUUUCUGAUCCAAGUGAUAUUCCCGAUUAUGAAGAGGGUGAUGAUGAAGAAGAGUCUAGUUUCGAUUCUGGAGAUAGCGAGGAUGAUGACGAUGAAGAUGAUGGUUUUUGGGAUGACGAUAGUGAUGAUGAAUAA